CCGUGGUGCGGCGUGGGGAGCCCGGCGGCAGCGGGAGGAGGCGGGGAGGUUCCUCGCUCCCUGUCUCGCUGGCGGAGCAGAGCGGCCGGCUCCCCGCGCGCACAACCCAGCCCAGCCCGGCCGGUCGCGGCCUUUCCUCCUCGACCCAGCGACCCGAGCACCUGCAGAAGCAACCAUGGGGUGCAUCAAAAGCAAAGAAGACAAAGGUCCGACAAUGAAAUAUAGAACUGAAAACACUCCAGAACCUGUUAGUUCCCAUGUCAGCCAUUAUGGAUCAGAUUCCACACAAACAGCACAAUCACCGUCAAUAAAGGGACCAUCAGUUAAUUUUAAUAGUCAUUCUGUGACUCCAUUUGGAGGACCAUCGGGGAUGACGCCCUUUGGAGGAGCAUCAUCUUCAUUUUCAGCUGUGCCAAGUCCAUAUCCUAGUAGUUUAACAGGUGGCGUAACUGUUUUUGUGGCCUUAUAUGAUUAUGAAGCUAGAACUACAGAUGACCUUUCAUUUAAGAAGGGUGAACGGUUCCAGAUAAUAAACAAUACGGAAGGAGACUGGUGGGAAGCAAGAUCCAUUGCUACGGGAAAGACUGGCUACAUCCCCAGCAAUUAUGUAGCUCCUGCAGACUCCAUUCAAGCAGAAGAAUGGUAUUUUGGUAAGAUGGGGAGGAAAGAUGCAGAGAGAUUAUUGUUAAAUCCUGGGAACCAGCGUGGCAUUUUCUUAGUACGAGAGAGUGAAACCACUAAAGGUGCUUAUUCCCUCUCUAUACGUGAUUGGGAUGAGGUCAGGGGCGAUAAUGUGAAACACUACAAAAUCAGAAAACUUGACAAUGGUGGAUACUACAUCACAACUAGAGCACAAUUUGAGUCUUUACAGAAGUUGGUAAAACACUACAGAGAACAUGCUGAUGGACUAUGUCAUAAACUAACAACUGUGUGUCCAACUGUGAAACCACAAACCCAGGGACUAGCAAAAGAUGCGUGGGAAAUUCCUAGAGAAUCUUUACGGUUAGAAGUUAAGUUGGGCCAAGGAUGUUUUGGUGAAGUGUGGAUGGGAACGUGGAAUGGAACCACAAAAGUAGCAAUCAAAACACUAAAACCUGGUACAAUGAUGCCAGAAGCUUUCUUGCAGGAGGCUCAGAUCAUGAAGAAAUUGCGACAUGAUAAACUUGUUCCAUUAUAUGCUGUUGUUUCUGAGGAACCAAUCUACAUAGUUACUGAAUUCAUGACGAAAGGUAGCUUGCUAGAUUUCCUAAAGGAAGGAGAAGGGAAAUACUUAAAGCUUCCACAGUUAGUUGACAUGGCUGCUCAGAUUGCUGAUGGAAUGGCAUACAUUGAAAGAAUGAACUACAUUCACAGAGACCUUCGGGCAGCUAACAUUCUUGUAGGAGACAAUCUUGUGUGUAAAAUUGCAGAUUUUGGUUUAGCAAGGUUAAUAGAGGACAAUGAGUACACUGCAAGACAAGGAGCCAAAUUUCCAAUUAAAUGGACAGCUCCUGAGGCUGCAUUAUAUGGUCGGUUUACAAUCAAAUCAGAUGUGUGGUCAUUUGGAAUUUUGCUGACAGAAUUAGUAACAAAGGGUAGAGUGCCAUAUCCAGGGAUGGUGAAUCGGGAAGUUCUGGAACAAGUAGAACGUGGCUACAGGAUGCCUUGUCCACAGGGUUGUCCAGAGUCUCUCCAUGAGUUAAUGAAACUGUGUUGGAAGAAGGACCCUGAUGAACGACCAACUUUUGAAUAUAUUCAGUCUUUCUUGGAAGACUACUUUACUGCUACAGAACCACAGUACCAGCCUGGAGACAAUUUAUAAGCCAAUAGCCUACAUGAAAUGCACAAAUCUGCCAAAUGCAAAGAACUUGCAAAGAAUUCCUUGCUUCUUUGAAGCAAUUGCAGGAAAGAAUUUUCACCACUCUGCACGCUUUUAAUGGCAAACUGGAAUUGCAUAAUACAGUUGCACAAAACCACUUGUAAAGUGUUAUACCCUAACUUACCAAUGAUGCGAUUGGGUGUUUUCCAAUUUAUUUUAGGGUCCAAAGGAAGCUCACUAAAAAUAAUGGAGGAUAAAAUGAGUUUUGGCAUGACCAUAUCAAAAAAAAAGUGUGUAAAAAUCUUUAUUUCCCUUAUGUUUUAAUAAUGCUGUGUUAGAAGGGGAAUUGUCUGGAAAUAUGCACUGCAAGUUUCGGACAAGAAGCUUUAAAGCAAAGGAAGAUUACGGGACCAAACAGUUCCAUUCCAAUUCUAUAACAUUUCCCGUGUUCAGAAUUGGUGGGGGCGGCGGGGGGGGGAGUGCAUUUAAAAAUGGUACAACCAUAUUUGAGAUACUGAUUCAUAAUCUUGAUUUUUAAGCUUCCUUUUGCAUGGACUUAAUUAGGGUAGAUGAGGUUAAAAGAGAACUUUAAGCAGUGUGUGACAAACUUGAUUAAAUGAUAGACCCGAGUAGUGGAAUUGGAGAGCAUAAUGCACUGUGUUAAUACUUGUAUUAAUGUAACUGGAAAGUAGCAUGAGAGAAUUUUUUUCCUUUUUAUUUGUUUUUCUGCGUAGCUAAUUAAGAAUAAUGAAGGUAACUAGAAAAUGAGGUAAUAUUUCAUAAGUUACAUUGAAAAAAAAUUGUUUGAACUUGAAACCAUACUAUACAAUCAGAGGGAAAAUUGUUUAAUCUUUUAAGCUCCGAUCUUACAAUGAGUUUUGUGUGAAAAGACAAAGGUUGUUGAAAAAUCAAGUUUAAUCUGGUAAACAGCCACAUUUUAGUCCAGUCUGAGACAGAUUCGGUACUGAGACGUAGCUAAUAUGUAUUAACAGGGAUCAGUGCCACAAAUGUAAAAUGUCUCAUAGUUCA